AUGGCGGAGUUUGUUGGUAGUCAAGCUAGUUUCUGGGUCCAAUCCAAUGCUUUGCUCAGAAAGAACUUAACCUUUCAGAAACGAAGAAUGUGCGCCAACAUUACGCUCAUUUUAAUACCAGCUUUCUUCUGCAUCUUAUGUGCCCUAAUCCAAUACUUAACAGAUAUCUAUGCUGUUAGAAAUGGCCCAGAAAAAUGUGGAUUCCAAGAAUUUCAUCUACAGUGUCCAAUCCCUUCUCCUGUAGAAUUUCCUCCCCUGUUACAAGUACCACCAACUGAACAUCGUGCUGUCCGAAGUGAUUUGUUUCCAUGGACGGACUUGCCCGACUCAAAAGAGGAACCUCGUCCUGUGACCAUACUCAUAACUGGGAAUGACCAGACAAUAGCACAAAGCUUGGGUUUAAACAUGUUGCCGGUGGGUAGCAUCCCGGACAAAUCCACCAGCAACGUGACGGAUUUCUCAAAAUUCGUUAUGGGUACCGACCACGAUCCGCCAAGAACACUUUAUCAGGAUUCGAGUUUUUCUUCCUCGAAUGGAAUUAAAAAUCUGCAGCUUGAAUGCAAUAACAUCGAUAAGGAAGAAGACUCUACAAAAGAUGAGGAUGAAGACUCCGCAAUCUAUAACUGUGAAUCUUUUGUCUUGAAACAUGUAGAUGUUUAUUGUCUCCCGUGUCUAAUAUUGUGGCGUAAUAGUUCUACUGAAAUAAACGAUGAACUGUUCAAAGGUGACGCGAAGGGGAACAAAGAGAACAAAAUUAAUGAAAUACUAACAGCGUUUGAUAUCUCAAAUUCGGAUACUAAUACUUUCAAUGUGACCAUAUGGUACAAUUCAAACACCAAUAAGGAGUUGAGACGAGUUCCACGCUUGGUCAAUAUGGCAUCAAACGCGUACCUUUGGUUUCUGAAAGGAAAUAGUAGGACACAAAUUAUGUUCGACUUUAACAAAGAAAUGCCCAAGGGUUUGACCACCGGAAUCCCUCCGGUCGAUGUUGGGGCACUUAUAGGUCCACUGCUGUUUACGUGGAUUAUUUUACAAUUGUUCCCGGUUGUGUUGGCAUCUCUGGUUUAUGAGAAACAAGAAAGAUUGAGAGUGAUGAUGAAAAUGCAUGGUCUCGGUGAUGGACCUUAUUGGAUGAUUUCAUAUUCUUAUUUUCUUACUAUAUCUAUGUGCUACAUUAUAUUUUUCGUUGGAUUUGGCUCAAUUCUUGGGUUAACCUUCUUUUACAAACAUGACUAUUCCCUCCAAUUCACCUUUUACUUCCUCGUAAUAAACUUGCAAAUAGCGCUGGCUUUUCUUAUGUCGGCAAUGUUCUCGACCACUAUGAGUGCUACAGUUGUAGCUUACAUUUACGUCUUCGGAAGUGGGCUUCUGGGAGUGGCUUUCUUGCAGACUCUAAUCGAUGAUAUAUACAUGGAUAAAGCGUGGAUCAUUACUCUAGAGUUGUUCCCUGGCUUCUCUCUCUAUCGAGGCCUAGUGGAGUUUAUGAAUUAUGCCACCGAAGGGAAAUUCAUGAAUACUAGAGGUAUGCAAUGGGAUGAUUUGAAUGAUAGCGUAAAUGGUAUGAAAGACGUAUUGAUCAUCAUGGCAUUAGAGUCGGCUGUGCUGCUUCUUCUUGCAUUUUACAUUGAUCAAGUUGUAACAUGGGGAAAAUCUCCUUUGGUCUUCCUGCGAAGAAAGAAAGCACCAACUCUUGGAAUCCCAAGCAUCCAGAGGCAUGGAUCUAAAGGUUUUGGUGACAUGGAGAAACCUGAUGUCGCUCACGAGAAAGAAAAAGUUGAUAAGCUGAUGGAAGAAGCAAAGUAUACAAGUCAUGUUGUGAUAUGUGAUAACAUAAAGAAGGUGUAUCCAGGAAGAGAUGGAAACCCUGAGAAAUUUGCAGUGAGAGGAUUGUCUCUUGCUUUGCCUCAAGGGGAAUGCUUUGGUAUGCUUGGUCCUAGUGGUGCAGGGAAGACCUCUUUUAUCGAAAUGUUGAUUGGUCUCCAAAAGCCAACUGCAGGCACAGCCUAUGUUCAGGGCUUGGACCUUGUAACUCAAAUGCAUGAAAUAUAUUCCUGCAUUGGUGUUUGUCCACAACACAACCUACUGUGGGCAACCCUAACAGGAAGAGAGCAUCUUCUAUUUUAUGGGAGACUUAAGAACCUCAAAGGUUCUCACUUAACCAGAGGAGUGGAAGAUUCUUUGAAGAAUCUGAAUCUAUUUAACGGCGGUGUUGCUGAUAAACGAGCAGGGCAAUAUAGUGGAGGUAUGAAAAGAAGGCUUAGCGUCGCCAUUUCACUCAUAGGCAAUCCUAUAGCUGUUUACCUGGAUGAACCCAGUACCGGACUCGAUCCAGCUUCAAGAAACACUCUAUGGAAUGUUAUAAAGCUCGCUAAGCAAGGCCGUGUCAUCAUACUAACCACGCAUUCCAUGGAAGAAGCAGAAUUCUUGUGUGAUCGAAUAGGAAUUUUCGUAGAUGGAAGAAUGCAGUGCAUAGGAAAUCCAAAAGAGUUGAAGGGAAGAUAUGGAGGAUCAUAUGUGUUCACAAUCACAACAGAUUCAUGUUAUGACCAAGAAGUAGAGACUCUGAUACAGAGACUCGCCCCGAAUGCCACCAGGGUAUACCACCUCGCCGGAACACAAAAAUUCGAGUUUGCGAAAAGUGAGGUCAGAAUUGCAGAUGUUUUCCAGACAGUGGAGCAUGCAAAGAAGAUAUUCACAGUCUAUGCUUGGGGGCUAUCUGACACUACUCUGGAGGAUGUCUUUAUUAAGGUUGCUAGUGCACCCAAGUUUGCAUCCAACGUCUUGAGUAGAGAUAAUUUGGUCGAAUGA